CAAGUCAGAAAGCAAAAAAUGGACACAUUCCAAGAUGUAUUCCAGAAAGUAGAGAAGAUUGGGGAGGGCACCUAUGGAGUCGUGUAUAAAGCAAGAAACAAGCAAACAGGCCAGUUAGUUGCUCUGAAGAAGAUCCGACUUGAUUCGGAUACAGAAGGAGUACCUAGCACAGCAAUCAGAGAAAUCUCAUUGUUAAAAGAAUUGAAACACCCAAAUAUAGUGAGGCUCCUUGAUGUAGUACAUAAUCAGAAGAAGCUAUACCUAGUCUUUGAAUAUUUGAAUCAAGAUCUUAAAAAGUACAUGGACUCAUCUCGUACAGGAGAACUUCCUCUAAGCUUAGUCAAGAGCUAUCUUUACCAACUGUUACAAGGUGUAAGCUUCUGUCACUCUCACAGAGUUAUCCACAGAGACCUGAAGCCCCAGAAUUUGCUGAUAAAUGAAAUGGGAGCCAUCAAGCUAGCCGAUUUUGGCCUAGCUAGAGCUUUUGGAGUUCCACUGCGUACCUACACACAUGAGGUGGUAACCUUAUGGUAUCGGGCUCCUGAAAUUUUACUGGGUUGUAAAUAUUACUCAACAGCUGUGGAUAUCUGGAGCAUUGGCUGUAUCUUUGCAGAAAUGGUGACUAGAAAAGCCUUGUUUCCUGGAGACUCUGAAAUUGACCAGCUGUUCCGGAUUUUCCGCACUCUUGGUACUCCAACUGAAUCACUGUGGCCAGGAGUCACAAAUCUUCCUGACUAUAAAGGAAAUUUCCCCAAAUGGCCAAGGAAAGAUAUGAAGGUGAUAAUUCCAAAUUUGGAUCGAGAUGGACGAGACUUACUGCUUCAACUGCUAAUGUAUGAUCCCAACAAGCGCAUCUCAGCCAAAGCUGCUUUGAACCACCAGUAUUUCUGGCAAAUUCCACGGGAUGCUAAACAACAGUGUGUAGUAGAACAGUACAGGCCAUGAGAUAAAGAAGUUCUGGUUAAUGCUUUGCUGAAAAUAGCUACCUGGAUUUAUCUCAUUCUAAACAACUGAGCAAAGGAGCAGUCGUAAUUGGCAUUAAAUGUUCUUCACCUUUUGCGGAAAUUAAUAUUCAUGCAAACAUUUUGACAGUUGUAAAUGGUACAGAUCCUUGUAACGACUGUUAGUUCUUCUAUAAAGAGAUGAAAAAGCUUGAUGCUUUUAGUAUAUGAAAAGGAAUAUGAUUUGCUGUCUGUUUGGAGUGGUAGAAUGACAAAAAAGUUUAACUAAACCCAGCUUCUGUGAUAUUUUAUUCAGUCAUUGCUGUAGUAUUAACAUUCCGGGAUAUGGCUAUUAUUAUUUAGAUUAGGCUUGCACAUCUGGCAAUACCCUAAUUUUUGGUAUCAUCUUGAUACUUGAUUUUUCUUUUUUUAAUAUGAUGAACUCAUGCUGUAGUUCACAACACUACUGAAAACUAACCAUGCUCAAAAAGAAAAGUAUAUGUAAGGGGGGGGAUAGAUAUCACAGAGACAUCUAGAAAUAUGAUGCAUUUGAAUUUCUUUCUGUAUAUAUCCAACCUCAUAAAGAACAAGAACUGUGUGUCAUGUACGGUAUUAAAUGAUUAAGCUUAGGCCUCUUUGGUUGCAGUUCGGAUUUUCAGGAAUAUUAGAAUUUUAGUUUCUAAUUAAAUGAAAAUAUAGACGUCUGAUAAUCAAUAUGCCCAAACCUGAAUUAGAUAGUGUGAGACAAUAAACAAACAAACAAACAAACAAGCACACACUUGACAAACUCCAGUUGUUGAUCUUGGCCAAAUAUACUGGAUUGAACCAGAGACCUUGUGAUCUCUGGGUUCUGAUGGAACCCUGACUAUACACUGGUGGAAGGAGGGAAAUCUUACAUGGAUUCAGCUUUUCCCUUGUCCCUUGUGCCCCCUGAAAAUCUGCUCUGGAGAACAGUAUGGGAAAUUACAGUACAUGAAGAGUACCUGGAAGAAGUAAAUGAAAAGUACUUGUCCUAUUAUGCAAA